GUUAAUGAUGAAUCUAUGUUCCUUUUGUUUACAGUGGCUCAGUUUGAAACUGAAUUCUACAUCAGUGGACUUGCCCCACUCUGUGAUCAGCUUGUCGUGCUUUCCUAUGUGAAGGAGGUUGCAGAAAAAACGGAGAGAGAAUACUGUGCCAGGCCUAGAUUGGAUAUAAUCCAGCCACUUUCUGAGACUUGUGAAGAGAUCUCUUCCGAUGCUCUGACGGUCAGAGGCUUUCAGGAAAAUGAAUGUAGAGAUUAUCACUUAGAACAUUCUGAAGGAGAAUCACUUUUUUACAUCGUGAGUCCAAGAGAUGUUGUAGUGGCUAAGGAACGAGACCAAGAUGACCACAUUGACUGGCUCCUCGAAAAGAAGAAAUAUGAGGAAGCUUUGAUGGCAGCUGAAAUUAGCCAAAAGAACAUUAAAAGGCAUAAAAUUCUGGAUAUUGGCUUGGCGUAUAUAAACCACCUGGUGGAGAAAGGAGACUAUGACAUAGCGGCGAGAAAAUGUCAGAAAAUUCUUGGGAAAAAUGCAGCACUCUGGGAAUAUGAAGUUUAUAAAUUUAAAGAAAUUGGACAGCUUAAGGCUAUUAGUCCUUAUUUGCCGAGAGGGGAUCCAGUUCUGAAACCACUUAUCUAUGAAAUGAUCUUACACGAAUUUUUGGAAAGUGAUUAUGAGGGCUUUGCCACACUGAUCCAAGAAUGGCCCGGAGAUCUGUACAAUAACUCAGUAAUAGUCCAAGCAGUCCGGGAUCACCUGAAGAAAGAUAGUCAGAACAGGACCUUACUUAAAACCCUGGCAGAACUGUAUACCUAUGACAAAAAUUAUGGCAAUGCUUUAGAAAUAUAUUUAACUUUAAGACAUAAGGACGUUUUCCAGUUGAUCCACAAGCAUAACCUUUUCAGUUCUAUCAAGGAUAAAAUUGUUCUAUUAAUGGAUUUUGACUCAGAGAAAGCUGUUGACAUGCUUUUGGACAAUGAAGAUAAAAUUUCAAUUAAGAAGGUAGUAGAAGAAUUAGAAGACAGACCUGAGUUGCAGCACGUGUAUUUACAUAAGCUGUUCAAAAGAGAUCAUCACAAGGGGCAGCGCUAUCAUGAAAAACAGAUCAGCCUUUACGCGGAAUAUGAUCGGCCAAAUUUACUUCCAUUCCUCCGAGAAAGUACCCACUGCCCACUUGAAAAGGCUCUUGAGAUCUGCCAGCAGAGAAACUUUGUAGAAGAGACAGUUUAUCUUCUGAGCCGGAUGGGCAAUAGCCGAAGUGCCUUGAAGAUGAUCAUGGAAGAAUUACAUGAUGUGGAUAAAGCAAUUGAAUUUGCCAAGGAGCAGGAUGAUGGAGAACUCUGGGAAGAUCUUAUUUUAUAUUCCAUUGACAAACCACCAUUCAUUACUGGCUUGUUAAACAAUAUUGGCACACAUGUUGACCCGAUUCUACUCAUUCAUCGCAUUAAGGAAGGAAUGGAGAUUCCCAAUUUGAGAGAUUCCUUGGUUAAAAUUCUUCAAGACUAUAACUUGCAAAUUCUGCUUCGUGAAGGCUGCAAGAAGAUUCUGGUAGCUGACUCUCUGUCCUUACUGAAGAAAAUGCACCGCACGCAAAUGAAAGGUGUUCUGGUUGACGAGGAAAACAUCUGUGAAUCCUGCCUUUCCCCUAUUCUCCCGUCAGAUGCAGCUAAGCCCUUCAGCGUGGUGGUCUUUCAUUGCCGCCACAUGUUCCACAGGGAGUGCCUGCCAGUACCCAGCACGAACUCUCCUGCGCAGUUUUGCAACAUCUGCAGCGCCAAGCACCGUGGACCAGGAGGUGCCAUUUUGGAGAUAAAAAAAUAGCUGGGUUUCACUCGUUUGUCUCUCCACUGCUCUCUGAGAGACUGUGUCUGUAACACGCAGUGUUGGUUGGCAGCAAUGCUGUUAGAAAGGCUUAUGCGUAUUUAUAUCAUGCUCCCCCCAAGAGAUUUGUUCACCUCUGCCUAUCCACAAGAGGCUUGUCUUUGCAAUGGAUAAAGAACUUGGAGGUCCCCA